AUGCCUUGUUGUGAUAUUGAAGAAUGUUUAACUUUCUUGGGAAUCGAGAAACAAAAAAUAAUUCCCACAAAGUUUUCUAAUGAAUUAAGCAUUUGGAAUAAAAACGUCUGCCAAUUCUCUAGUGAAUUCAACAUUUUUCCAUUAGAGUGGUUUGAUGGAACUGAUGGCACUGAAGGUAACUUAGAAUUUAAAGAAGUUGCUGCCUUCAUCCCAGACUCACAUUCAGACUCAACAACAAAGUUUCCUGAUAAUUUCCAAUGGCGUCAAGUAAUUGUUCAAAAUUUCAAUGAAAACAAUAAAAAAUGGAAUGUCAAAGAUAUUCAAAGUGAAUAUUUUCAUGAAGUUCCCAGAAUUUAUAUCUGGAAAACUUCCGAAGAUCCUUUUAUUCAAGCACGUCGAAUGCAACAAGCAACAAUAUUUCGUGAUGAAUGUGAAAUGACAUUAAAGUUUGAAGCAUUGAUUGAUAAUAUCUCAAUGAAUGAGUAUCCGAAGCCCUCUCGGAAAGUUCAUGAAAAAAUAAGAAAAAAGUUAUCUUCACCAUUCAACGUGAGAUGGAUUAAGUUGUUUGAGAUGGAGCAAGUCAUUUUAUAUCAAAAAGCACAAGCUCGAUUGGAAGCAAAAGUUCUUAUUCAGAAGUGUCCACAAAUCUUCCCAUCGAUUCGAUUACCCGUGACAUUGAGUGAAGAAAAACAAAUGCAACAUUUUGCAAUGAGAACGGCGAAAGAGAAGAAAUCGUCGAAGUUCUCACAAUUGCUGCAAACAUUACAGAGAACUUGGUUGUUUUGUUGUCCUCAAGCGAUUCAUAUCAUCAAAUCUGUGAACCUGAUAUGUGAUGAUAUCAGCGUAAUGACGCUUUUUGAAGUAUCAGAUAAAGUUUUAUUCUUAGAAGAAUUCUUAGAAAUUCAAGAUAUGAAAUUCUUGAGUAUGGAAGAUUUUCUCAUACGCAGCAUGAUUAAAUCUAUCGUCGAUGUAGUAAAGUGUCAAUUACUUAACGUGAAAGGAUGGUUUGACCUGAAUGUUCAUGAUUGGAACAUUUAUAAGAUGUCAAAAACUUCGCGCAUCAUUGAAUUGAUAAAGCAACGAAUGGAAAUUGCCUUGAAAAUUAUGCUGCGCUCGUCACUUCAAAAUUUCGUCAGUUAUCUUUGUGAACCAUGUGAGAAAAUCUUGAAUGUUCCACUCGACUUUAAAUGGGGAAAUGACUUGAUAUUCAGCACUUUUCAUUCAGAAAAUGCUGUUUUCGCUCUAGAUUUAGUUUUGGAAAAUGACAACGAGCCAAUUUACACAAAUAACAUCGAGAAUUAUGGGGAAAUAAUUAUUGAGCUUCUUAAAUCGAGAAUAUUAUUAACACAUGACAUUCCUGAAAUUGAUUCUUUUCUCAUCAAUUUGAAGUUUGAUAGAAGCUUAAGACUCUCAUCAGUUGGAUUGAUGGAUGAAGAAAUUCAAAAACAAUUUCAACUCAUACAAAUUUGCUAUGAAAAAUGCAAAAUUCCACUUCUCGCAUAUGCAAGAGAAUUUCGGAAAUUUAUUGAAUAUAAAUAUUUAAAUAUUGAAGAAUACGUGCAAAGUUUAAGAGAUAAUGACUCAGAUCUUAUUUUCCUCGGUGAUGAAAUAUUGCGCCAUAGAAAGUCAAUUAAAAUGAUUGAAACAUCUUUACCAACUUCAAUUGUUAUUGGACCAUUUAAAGUCAAUGUCAGUGAAAUCAAAAUGAAUUUAAUUUCCAAACGAAAUGCUUUGAAUGAUGCUUUAUUGAAUUCAUUUUUUGAACAGCUUCACGAAAAAUUGGACAAAUUUAAAGAUGAAUAUUUAAUCAUUCUUGAGAAACUUGGUGGAAAGAAUGAAUCAAUCGAAGAGUUAAUAGAUGUCAAAAAAUGGAUACAGACAUUGCCUCAACAACUCGAUGAAAUUGCCAAAAAUGUUAAAGAACUUUCACCGAUUUACAAUACUCUUGAUUCACUUUCGAUGCCUUUGCCUCAAGACAUUUUAAAAUUAAAAAUCUUUUCAAUGACUUCUCCAAUAAAAAUUUUAAGGAAAGCAGAAGGUCUUGAGAAACAACAACAGUUUGAUUAUGAUCAAUUUAAGAAGUUGCAAGCUAUGGACGUUGGUCAGUUUAUGGAUCAAGUUGAAAGAGUUUUGGUAGAGAUUGAAUCGAUCAACAGCGAAUGCCAAUCUGGGAACUCAAUUGAUGAAAAGGAUUUAAAAGUAAAACUACAACAUUUCAAUGGGAUAAUAACCCGAAGAAAUCAACUAAACAAUCGGCAGAUAAUCUUCAAUAAUCCAGAACUUGAAUUGAAUCGUUUAAACGAUCUUGUCGAUCAAUUAAAAUCAUUUUCAGAUGGCCAACAUUUGGAUGAUUCAUAA